UCUCCUCACCUUAAAACUCAAACACUGAACACCAAAGUUCAAACAACUCCAAUACUUCGUAAUUGAAAUUUGGAAUGGAGAGAGUAAGCAAAAUGAUAAGUGAAAAGCCAGUGGUUAUAUUCAGCAAGAGUGGUUGCUGCAUGAGUUACUCCAUCAAGUCUCUCUUCUCCGACCUCGGCGUUAACACUGCUGUUUACGAGCUAGACGAGAUGCACAGAGCUGGCCGUGACAUCGAGGCCGCGCUUUCUGCUCUCGGCUGUAAUCCCACGGUUCCGGCAGUGUUCAUCGGUGGCCAAAUGGUUGGUGGAGAAAGUGAGAUCAUGAGUCUUCAUCUUCAAGGGGCCUUAAAGCCUAAACUCAAAACUGCUGGCGCUUUGUGGGUUUAAUUAAUUAAUUUAAUUAAAAUAAUCUUGCUGUUCUUUUUUUUUUUCUUUUUUGGGAGAACAAUAAUAAUACUCCUAGCCAGCGUUUGGAGAUUAACAAAAAUUGAGAUGAAGUGGUUAGUAUAAAACUGCUUUUAUUAUUGAGCGUUUUUUCUCUAACGUGGGGCUUCCGGAGUUGGAAACAAAAAGAAAAGGAUACUAGAACUUACUACUUUUGAGCAAGAAAGAAAUUAAAACUCUUUGUAAGAGAAUUUAACUUGCAUGUACUGCUAACAAUGUAAAAAAUUGUUGUAUCCAUGUCUGUGUGUCAUUUUAGUAUAAACAAAAUGCCUAUUUUAUUGUUCA